UUUUGGAACUCACCUGCAAUACCAAAAUCAACAGUUGUAGAGGGGGAAAAAAGGAAAAUAAUGGCCUCUGUUAGUUGUAAUUCAGUUAUAUUUUAUUUUUCCCUUUUGUUUUUUGCUUCAUUAAUCCCAAAGUUGCAUGCCAACAUUGCUGAUUUUGACCCUUAUUUGGAAAAGAAAGCUGAAGAAGCCAUCAAGUCUUCUCUUGCUGCUUAUAAUGAAAAUCCUGAGCAACUCACUGAAACUUUCAACAAGGAAGUUGGAGAAACAAUCUUAAACGGCACAAGGAGGUAUCUGAGGGAGAUGAUAUGAGGAUAAUGGUGCUGAGACAUGAAUUAAGACUUAAAAGAGUUAAUAUACUUAUAAGGGAAAGUGGUAUACUCUUAGAAAUUGUGUUAUUUGGUUUCCCGUUGUAAAAUGUUCUUAUUGAGAAAGAUACUUCUUAAGAAAUUUAAAGCGACUAAUUUCAUCAAAAAUAUUGUCUAAGAAGAUACUUUAUUAUGUAAAAAUACGCCAAAGUGGUUAGAGAACCUCAACCCCUAAAACGGAACCAAUGAACACUUCAAAUAUAAGCAGAUAUAGUUUUAUCAAAUGUUGAUUUUAUUUUCACACUUUUAAGAUUGAGAUGGAAAUCAUACUUCUUGUUU